GCGGCCGGACACCCUCGCCCCGCUGGGCCUGCCUCAGCCAUGGCCGCCGGCCCCGCGUCCCACUGCGGGCUCCCCCGCGCGCAGAGGCCGCAUCUGAGCAAGCACACUGAUCCGGCGCAUCCCGGGCUGUUCCGGGGCAUCUGGAUACGGGGAUGGGGGAGGAGGCCACCGCAGGCCCUCAACCUCCUUUGCCCAGAUGGAGCGGAUGGUCGUGAGUAUGCAGGACCCCGACCAGGGCGUGAAGAUGAGGAGCCAGCGCCUGCUCAUCACCGUCAUUCCUCACGCAGUGACUGGCAACGACGUCAUGGAGUGGUUGAUCCACAAGUACUGCAUCACAGAGGAGGAGGCCCUGCACCUGGGCACCCUCCUAGUGCGGCAUGGCUACCUAUACCCACUGCGAGACCCCUGCCACCUCGAGCUCCGGCUGGAUGAAACGCCCUAUAGGUUUCAGACGCCCUAUUUCUGGAUGAGCACCCUGUGGCCAGCCGCUGAGCUGGACUAUGCCAUCUACCUGGCCAAGAAGAACAUCCGAAAGCGGGGGGGCCUGUUUGACCACGAAAAGGAGCACUAUGACCAGCUGCACAGGAAGAUCAGCCACACGUGGGACCUGGUAGUGAUGCAGGCGAGAGAGCAGCUGUGGGCAGCUAAGCAGCGCAGGAAGGGGGACAGGCUGGUCAUCGCAUGCCAGGAGCAGACGUACUGGCUGGUGAACAGGCCCCCGCCCGGGGUCCCCAGCGUGCUGGAGCAAGGUCCAGAGCGGAAUUCCUGCACUGCUGGGCGAGUGCAGAUGCCCACCGGCCCCUUCCAGACCAAGACCGUGGAUUUCUACAGGCGGGAGGUCGAGUGCUUACGAAAGGCACUGGGCAGGGCCCGGGUGAAGUCUUCCAUCUGCCUCGAGGCGUACCUGAAAUUUAGCAGCCAGCGUGGGCCGCACGACCCCAUCAUGUCGGGGUGCCUGCCCAGCAACCCCUGGGUCACAGACAACGAUACCUACUGGGCCAUGAAUGCACCCAGCGCGGCCGUGCCCACAAGGCUCCGUGUGGAGCAGUGGGCCUUCAGCUUCCGGGAACUCUUGGAAGACCCUGUGGGACGGGCCCAUUUCAUGGACUUUCUCAGUAAAGAGUUCAGUGCUGAGAACCUCAGCUUCUGGGAGGCCUGUGAGGAGCUGCGCCACGGAGGGCAGGCCCAGGUCCCCGCCCUGGUGGACGCCGUGUACCAGCAGUUCCUGGCCCCCGGUGCUGCCCGCUGGGUCAACAUUGACAGCCGGACGAUGGAGCGGACGCUGGUGGGCCUGGGCCGGCCGCACCGCCAUGUGCUGGACGAUGCCCAGCUGCAUAUCUACAUGCUGAUGAAGAAGGACUCCUACCCGAGGUUCCUGAAGUCGGAUUUGUACAAAGACCUGCUGGCGGAGGCUGUGGUGCCCCCGGAGACCAAGCGACGGGUGUUCCCGUUCAUGCGGAAGCCGCGCCAUUCCAGCCCCAGCCCUGCUCUCCUUCCUGCCUCUGCCUCCAGGGAGCCCUCGGGUGGUGACGGGGAGGCCUAGGUGGGCCUGGGAAGGGGCAGAAUGGGGCCAUCUUGCCCUCAUCAACUCCUCUUGCCCAGGGUCCUUGCAGCCACUGAGACUCCCUGGCGUGGGAGUCCCCUCAGACCCCGAGCGCCCGGCCUUACGGGGGCACCGACCUCUGUGGCUUCCACCUUUCCCCUUGUCACACCCUUCCCCAGAAGGGGCUGUUCGGGUGCUGAUUCCCAGGGCAGGGGUGCCCUGGACUGAGACAAGAUGGCAGCACACCUGGCAUUCCACGCCGGUUCCCACCCCGCUGGUGACUCCCCGGGCAAGAUUCAUAGUCAGGUGGCUGCCAGCAGGGCGCGUGGGCAUGCAGGGGGAGGUGCUGCUCCCACUGGGCCGUGGCCUCUCCACCUCCGUGGCCACCCGAGGCCCAUGGCUUCUCCCCAGUGUUGUACAGAGAUGGCUCCAGCAUCGUUGCUCCUCCAACAGCCAGCCCUGGUUCACAGCCAGGGCGGCAGAGCCUCUGGGGAAAGACACCAGGGAGUCCCCACUCCGAGGGCCCCCCGAGACUCAGCUGCUCCUUUGGGAGUACAGCCAGACUGGCUCAGCUGGGGCAGCGCCACCCCUCCCUCAGGGCUGCCCACACCCUCCCGCUCCCAGCGCAGAAAUAAAAGACCUUUGGGUCCUCACUCUGAGCCUGUCCUGCUGUGGUCCAAAUCGUGGUGGGUGCACAUGUGGUGGGUGUGCUUGUGGUGGGUGUGCAUGCACGUGUGGGUGAGGAAUGCACUGGUGAGGGAGGUGGUGAAGGACAACAGGAAGUUCAGGUGUCAGAGGCAGUGGGUGGAGGAUCCCUUGUGUGGGGUCUGUAGACCUUGGGCUGGGCUCAGGCUGCAGACUUGGGGAGACAGUGGGGAGCUUGUGCUCUGGUGGCACACGGAUGCCUGAGUCUUCCAGGGGAGAGUGAGCAGAGUCCAGGAGGCUGUCUGGUGUUGAACCCAGCCUCUCCAGGGUCAGCUGUGCCCUAAGACAUCACAGUGACAGGGAGCACAGUGCGGGCUUUAUUUACAAGUCCAGGGUGCACUGGUGAGGUUGUCUCCGGGGCGGCCCAGACCCCAAACUCCUGCACAUCAUCCUGGAACCUAAAGGCUGGUCCCCGCCCAGAGCCGGCUCCUCCAUCCUCCGCUGUGGACCCAGACCUGGGCCCUUGGGCCCGGGUGGCUUCUCACAGGGACACGGAAUCCAACCCCUCAACCUCAGCCUUGUUGUUGCCUCCCAGGCCUUCACAAGGAGAAACAGACCUGGUUCUGGAAGCAGGCUUGUCACACGUAAGCGCCUUCAGGAAAUUCCUGCAGGAUUCUCCACAACAGCCCCCAUCACUUUGGUAACCCAAACCUUUGUCUCACUGAAGCCCCCUGGGCUCCUGCUGCCUGGGCGGCUACCAGAGCUCAGUCCUGGAGGACACAGGUGCUGGGGGGGACCCCCUGCCUGUCCCGGGUGGGAGAGUGCCCACAGGCUGGGUUCCUAGCCUGCUGUGGGUGAGCAGGGUGGGAACCACAGACCUGAGAUGCACUUGGAGGCCGUGCUGGACACUCCCAGUCUCUGAUUGGGUGGUGUGGGUGCUGGCCUCACCUCCCCAGCAGCCUUUCCCACUGAUCCAGCAGACAAACACAGGCACACAUGGGGCUUUCCAGACAGUGCAAAACCAGUGUUUAUUCUGAUUUCUUCCCGAGGCACCCGCGGUCAUCAGGCUGCUUGCUUUUGUCCGGGCACGGCUGAGUCCCACAGCACCAGGCGGGUCUGGGGUGACCAAGGCACAGAGGUGAGUCUUGCAUCAGGUGACACCGACUGUGGGGGGGUGUCCAAGCACCAGGAAGGAGGGGCCGCUGGCCACACCCAGGGGUGCAGGGAUCCCUGAGGGACAAGGAGCUCCAGUGUGUACCCAGGGGUGCACGCUGACCCCAGGGCACAUCCUGGGGCCAGGUCCUCGGGACACUCACAGCUCAAGGCAGCCCAUCCGUCACAUCCUCCCAGGACCCAUUCCUCAUGGGCCCUGUCAUGGGCUCUCCAGGGCGAGUUACCACCAACCACACCAGGGUGUGGGCCUGCGUCAAGCCACCAGGGCCCACCACCCUCUGAGCUCCACGACCCCAGGGAGACAGUGCAGAGAAGGCAAGGCUCAGACAGAAAGAGGGAGGGGAUUCUGCAGCCAAGGCUCUGGCCAGGCAUGGAGGAGUGAGGGUGAGCUGCUGCCAGCACAGGCUCUGCCCAGGGAGACCUGGGUGGGGCUCGGAGUGGGGACCUGAGUGAGGACCUGGCAUGCUGGCGGGAGAGGGGAGAGGCCCUGGCACGUCCCUGGGGUAACGGGCCCAGUGGAGAGCGUCGCCAGGUCACCAGGUCGGGAGUCGGCGUGCAGACCGAGCCAGUGAAGGGCUGACUUCCCAGGAUGUGAAAUUUCAGCAGCCACCUCCGCUUCGGGCUCUGGCCAAACCACGUCUAGGCCUCGUUCCGGUACCGUAGGCGAGAGAACCGGUCCCUGACGGCCUGGUCGCUGUCGGGGCCACCCUCAGCCAGGCGGACUACCUUGCUGCUCGGGAUGAGGUCCCGCACCUUGUGUUUGGCCACAGAGACCAGGCCGGGUGGAUCCGGGCUGGCCGGGCCCGUCAGGAGAAUGUAGGCAGCGUGGCGGCUCGGCUCAAGCAGAACCACUGUGGGGACAUGGCCAUCAGGUCCCGGGACCAGCCAGCACAGGCCUCCCAUGGCCGGCAGCCUGGGCCCAUGCGGGGCGCACUCACCCUGGAAGGUGACAAUAGGGGUGGAGAUGUUGGCCAGCUCCAGCAGGACUCCGGGCUGCGUGGGGUGGAACAUGUACAGGCGGUGCCCGGCGGCUCCGGGCUCCUGCAGGGAGUGCAGCGGGGGCAUGAGGCUGGCCCUCCUGGGCGCUCCUGACUGGGGCCACACCCAGAGCCGUGUCCGCCGGCAUCCCACAAAACACCCACCUCCCGCCCCCCUUCCCCACCUGACCCUGACCCUUCUCGGUUGUCUUCCAGCUGCCACCCCUCGCACCCACUUCCUCCCACAAAGCCCAGACCCCCUUUUCCUGCCCACCCUGCAUGGCUUCUAUCUAUCUGCACUCACCCAGCCACCGGCUCCACCCCAUGCCACAAACCAGGACCCAAGACUGUACCGUCUGGUUGGCACCAGCCAGCUCGUGGAGGCCCCAGAAGAAGAAGGCGGAGCGGUGGUCUGCGGUGGGAAGGCUGGCGGACCGCGGGUCCCUGGGGAGGCCUGGGAGAGCCUGGCUCCACAGGACAGCCCCGGAGCUGAGGUCCAGCAGCAGGAUCUGCAGAGGGAGGGGCAGCACAGGGUUGCGUCCCAGAGGGCGGCUCACCGAAGCCUCUGGUCCCCGCUCAGCCUAUGGCUCAGACCAGCUUCCCUCAGCUACGGGCAAAGGUGAGACCCAGGAGCAAGUGCCGCAACCUGUCUCUCGGAGCCGGUCCCGUUCUCAAUGACCAUGGCUGGGGUGUCGGGUUUGUAGUAGCCGAGGAUGGGUUUUCUGGAAGGAGAGUGGAGAGGAGGGCUCACACGGGCCUCUGAAGGAGACACCUGGGAUAGGCUGCGGCUGCACCUGCACGGGCCGGAGCUUUGACGCCAGGGGGUCUCACUCUCCUCCCCAAGGGCAGGGUGGCACCAGGUGACAGGCGGUGGCCUCUGGCAGAAGCAUACGGGCCUUGUCCCCAGGGCCGCCAGGGGUGGGGGUGGGGGGACACGCUGGGGUACCCAGCUCCCUGGAGAAGGACCCCAUACCUCAGGACCUGGGCUGCACCGAGGGUCCACCUGGGCACCAGCUCCUGCCCGUCCAGCAGCACGCAGGCCUCGGAACUCACAAGAAGCAGGUCCUCACCCACCUUCCCCGGAACAUUCAUCAGUUUCAAACUAAAAGGAAGGCCCUCACCGGAUGCAGGGACCAGUGAGCCCGGGGGCGGGGGGGCCAUCUUCUCCCCCGUUUUUAUUCGUCUUCUGUUUGCCGGUUUACUGAGUCUGAGCCCAGGACGACCUCAGACACCUGACACAAAGCCCUUCACUGAGUGGCUGCAGAGGGAGGUGCCUGUGAACAAAGAAGAGCCUUGCGUCACCUGUCAGCGGGUGAUGACUUCGAGUCCCUGGAACGACAGCGGGAGCCACCAGCCCCACACCUGCUUCCUCCCAGGUGCCAGCAGGCCCACGAGGGAGGCCGCCCUGGGGCAGCGGAUGCCACGUACCGCAGGGGAUGAGGACGUAGUGGGCACCUGCACUGGUGACAUAGAGGAUGAAGCCGCUGGUCCCGUCCACACCCAGGCUGCCCGGGGGGCCGACUUGCUGCCCCGUGCCGCCUGAAUAGACGUAGCCGUUGACCUGCAGCACACGGAGGAGAAGGGGAGCAGGCCCACCCGCUGGGUCGAACCUAUAGUGUCUGAUGCCAGGAGACGUGGGGCCGCCCGCACCAUCCUCAGAGCUGUGCCCAUGGCACCAGUGGGAAGAGCACUCUCUGCCACUCUUGGGGGGCCCAGAAGUGCCCGCUGGGUCUGCAGGCACCCAAGCUCGGGGCAGCGGGGGAGGCCAGUGGCUGGAACGAGAGCUGUACCUGGUUCUCCUCCUGGGUGAGGACCAGCAGGUCUGGGACCCCGUCAGCAUCAAUGUCAGGCACCUGGAGCAGAGGGCUCAGGACGGACACGUUCCCCCCGAAGCUGCUGGGAUGGCUCCACAGGGUCUCCCCUAAAACCAAGCACAGGGCCCGUGUGCUGCCAUGGAAAAAGACAGGCGUGUGUAGUCGCCUGGUGCCCAUAGGCACGUGUCAGCAGCGUCACUUUGGGGCAGCACAUCCCCCUCCUUUCUUCUCAUCCUGUUUCCAGUGUUUGGCUGACGCAGAUCCUCCCCCUCAGAUGGGUAGGGCCUCGCCUCCCUGCCGCCCACUGGGGUCACACAUGCAGCCUCUGCCCCGUGCACAGGACGAGAAUGAAAGUGCAGCCUUGUGGACGGACCCGGGGACUGAGGUCCUGACCUGACAGCAUGUGACCCGAGUAUGAUCUGCCCACGCCCGUGUUUAGUCAGAUUCUUCUCUUCUCAAAAUAUUUCCAGCUUGCUCUUUAUUCUCCUCCUUACUCUUAAAACCACAACUUACAAAGGAAGUGCUGCUACCCCCAAACCUAGCAUCGAGGCACAGAAUUCCUUAGGGCUUCGGAAAAGGACCAGGGCCUGUUGCCUUAAGGCAGGUCUCGGGGCUCGAGCUAGCCAGGCCCACACACCCCAUCCCCGGGGCCUGCCCAAUGAGCGGGCGUCAGCAAUGCCCCCACCCCCUCCAGGUGCCAUGCCGCAGGCACAGGCGGGACUUAGGAGGGGACGACAGUGAAGUGUGACUCCUCAUGGGGCGUCCCCCUCCCACCCGUGCCUUCCUUCCUAUCCAGCCACACCGCCCACAAGAGCCCGGGCUGACCCUCCUCAGAGCAUCCUGGCAUCGGACCCGUGUGCGGAGGCCUGGGGGACACGGGAAGCAGCCUACCUGUGACCGAGUCUACCGCAAUGAAAGGGCCAGGUCUGCCGAGGAUGAUGCAGGCAGAAGACGCCCCGCUGCCCCUCGGCUGGGGGACACCGCACUCCACAAGGGCCCUGUUCUGGGCCACGGGCCUCUCCCAGAGGACGGUGCCGUUGGCCCCCGACACAGCGGCCACGAAGGUGCAGGGGGAGGAAAAGCCUGGAGGGAGAGACCCAGGUCUGCAGGGCUGAGCGUGCCGGCCUCGUGCUGUGGCCCUGCCCUGGGCUCUGUCCCUGGAUCCCUGGUGUUGACCCCAUGGGGUCAGCAGCCCAGUGAGAAGGUGAGUGACAUGAAAGUUCCCAGAAAUUCCACCAACUGCUUCCCCCAAAACCGAGAGGGCGAGGGGAUUCCUCCUCCUGCAGGGAGCUCAUUUUUUGGGUAAAAACAAAAUUACCUUCAUCAGCACAGGAGAGGCUGAAAUUGCUUCUGCUGCUGUUGGUGUUUUUAUAAAGAAAGAGAACAUCCUGGAUCCUGUCCUUGUUCACGUCUUCUGUGGCCAGAAAGUCAUAGGCAACUGAAAAGGAAACCACCGGCUACUUUCCCAGGCCAGGCCUGACGCGCCCCACUCUGGGCGCCGUGGGGCUGAGUGCCAGGUGCAGCUGCCCACGGAGCAACCACAGGGAAGCGCUGCUUCCUCGUGGGCUGGCAGCUCCACACCCCUUCAGAGCAGCAGCAAUUCUUCAUCACUUGGGUGUCAGUUGGUAAGGACACCUGGGCAUCACAAAUGGACGUUCUGCACACCUUCUGCUCAGGGCCAAGUCCCUCCCCAAUCAGACUGGGGUCUGGAGUCCACAUGUCCACACUCACAGGGGCUACCUCUUCCUUCAUUCAAGGACUCAAAUGAUAAACUACAUGCUUUAAAAUCAAACACCAAAGGAACAAAAUGAGGCCCUUACCUCACUCCAUAUACAAAAAUGAAUUCAAAAUGGAUCAAAGACCUAAACUUAACAGCUGAAACUGUAAAACUCUUAGAAGAAAACAUAGGGGUUGGUUUUGGCAAUGAUUUCUUGGAUAUGACACCAAAAGCACAGGCAGGAAAAGAAAAAAAUAAGUAAAUUGUACUUCAUCAAAGGACACCAUCGAGGGAGUGAAAAGACAGACCACAGAAGGGGAGAAGAUAUUUGCAAACCAUACCUCUGAUAAGGGAUUAAUAUCCAGAACAUACAAAGAACUCCUACAACCCAACAACAAAAACAAACAACCCAAUUCAAAAAUGGGCAAAAGACUUGAAUAGAUGUUUCUCCUAAGAAGAUAUACAAAUAGUCCAUAAACACAUGAAAAGAUGCUCAACAUCACUAGUAAUAAGGGAAAUGCAGACCACAACCAUGAGGGGACCUCCCUGGUGGCGCAGUAGUUAAGAAUCCGCAUGCCAAUGCAGGGGACACGAGUUCAAUCCCUGGUCUGGGAAGAUCCCACAUGCCUCGGAGCAACUAAGCCUGUGUGCCACAACUACUGAGCCCGUGUGCCCUACAGCCUGUGCGCCACAAGUACUGAGCCCACGUGAUGCAACUACCGAAACCCAAAUGCUCUGGGGCCUGCGUGCCGCAACUACUGAGCCCAUGUGCUGCAACUACUGAAGCCCGCGCCCCUAGAACCGGUGCUCUACAACAAGAGAAGCCACCGCAAUGAGAAGCCCACGCACCGCAACGAAAAGCAGCCACCACUCACAGCAACUAGAGAAAACCAGUGCACAGCAACGAAGACCCAAUGCAGCCAAAAAUAAAAAUAAAAUUAUGAAAGCAGGGACUCAGACAGUUACUUGUACAUGAAUGUUCAAAGAAGCAUUAUUUACAACAGCCAAAAGGUGAAAAUAACCCAAGUGUCCAUGGAUAGAAGAAUGGAUAAACAAAAUGUGAUCCAUCCAUACAAUGGAGUAUUAUUCACCCAUAAAAAGAAACGAAGUUCUGCAACACGCUACAACAUGGAUGAACCUCGAGGACAUUAUGCUCAGUGAAAUUAGCCAGUCACAAAAAGACAGACAAUUCCAGUUAUAUGAGGUACUUAGAACAGGCAUAUUCUAGAGACUAAAGUGGAACAGAGGUUACCUGAGGGUGGACAGGAGGGCAGGAUGGGAGCUGCUGUGUGUUGGGCACAGAAUAUCUGUUUGAGAUGAUAAAGGUUUUGAAAAGAGUGAUGAUGGUCAGGGCAGCGUUGUGAAUGUCUGAAUGCCACUUAUUUGUUCACUUUAAAAUGGCGAUUUUUGGGUGAUGUGUAUUUUACCAUAAUUAAAAAUAAAACUGAAUACCAGACACAAGACUUCCAGAAUCAUGGAGUGAAGAGCUUGGCAAACAAAUCCUCUCCUCCAAAAAUAACAGUAAAAUGAGGCAAAGUUGUCAAAAGCACCCAUUUCAGGACACUGGAACCAGACUGAAGGCACACCUUAAAUCGAGAAGCACUGAUUUAAGAAACACUAUUGAGCCGUGGGUUGGAACAGAGGACAUCUGGGGCCUUUCACCUUGGGCUGCUCCCAUGCUCACCCUCCAUCAGCCAGGUACCACACUGGGUGAGAUUAGAAAGCAGCAGCUUCCUGCCAGGGGGGCUGAAAACAGGAGUGAUCUCCGGGGCAGACCAAGGGGAGGCCAACUUUGGAGCCAGCUCCAGGGUGAGAUACACAUAGGGAGAUGGGCCAGAAAGUGAGACACCCUAGUUGGUUCUGAUAAGACCCCACAUAUUCCGGGCAGUCUGAAGGCUUCACCCACCAUCAGGAGAGACGAGAGAGGGCCCUUGCUCUCUCCACGUCUAUGAGGACAAAGCCAUCACCAGAAAAGAAAGCUGUGUUUGGGAAUUCACUGAAGGCCCAGAGGUUAGAACUCCAUACUUCUACUGCAGGGGGCAUGGGUUCGAUCCCUGGUCAUGGAACUAAGAUCCCACAAGCCGUGUGGCAUGGCCAAAAAAAUAAAAUAAAAUGGGGCUAAUAAUCUAAAAAAAGAAAGAAGGAAAGAAAGAAAGGGAAGAAAGGGAGGGAGGGAAAGCUAUGUUCAAUAUCCCUCACUAAUACAGACACAAACUAGCAAACUGGACCCAGCAACCUGAAGAAGUGAUGGUACAACAUGAUCUAGUGGGUUAUACCUCAGGAACGCAAGGUUGAUUUAACAUCUGAAAAUCAAGGUGAUAUGCCAGGUUCACAGAAUAAAGUACAAAAACCACACAGUUGUCUGACAGAGAAAAAGCAUUUGACAAAACCCAACACCUUUUCAUUAUAAAAACCCAAACAGAUAAAGGGCAUCUACAAAAAGCCUACAGCUAUUAGCACACCUACUGCUGAAACAUGUAAUGUUUUAUUCCCAAGAUUGGGAGGAAGAUACCUGCUCUCACCUCAUCUGUUCGACAUUGUACUGGAGAUUCGAGCAAUGAAAUCAGGCAAGAAAAAGAAAAAAAAGGGAAGGAAGAAGUAAAACCGUCUCUCUCUCGUUUUUUUUGCAUAUUGCAUGAUUCUGUAGGUAGGAAAUUCUAAAUACACACAUACACCCCUACUAGUCUAGUUAAUGAGUUCAAGGCCACAAUUUAAAAGGUCCAUAUAAUAACCAGCAGUGUUUCUAUAAACUACCAAAGGGAACUUGAAAAUUAAAUUCA